AGGUUACAGAAUGCAUUAUAAUGAGUUGUACCCUCACCAUGAAUACAGUCCAAGUACUUACUUGCCGUCAAGUGAGAUUGUGGACCUUUCCAAGCACGAUCGCGAAACUGUCAUUGAAGAAAGUCCAAACCAAAGAUAUGCUAAGUUAAAUACAGUUUUAGGAAAGGGUGCUUAUAAAGUUGUAUAUAAAGCUAUAGAUCGUGAGGAAGGUUAUGAAGUCGCGUGGAACUGCUUUCAAACUACCAAAGCAGAGUUCAAUGAAUUAAGCCAAGAAAUUAAAAUAUUAAAGCAAGUUCGACAUCCUAAUAUUAUUAAUUUUCAUGAUUGUUGGUACAAAGAUGCAGAAUUUAUUUUUGUUACAGAAUUAAUGACCUCAGGGACGUUACGGGAGUAUAUUCGAAAACUCUCGUUGCCGAAUAUGAAAAUAGUUAAACGAUGGUCUCGUCAAAUACUUAAAGGGUUGAUAUAUCUUCAUUCACAUAAUCCACCAAUUAUUCAUCGCGAUAUCAAGUGUGAUAACAUCUUCAUCAAUGGCGCUCACGGCGAAGUAAAAAUUGGUGACAUGGGAACCGCCAAGAUGAAGUUGGGAAAAAAGUAUACCGUCAUCGGAACUCCCGAGUUCAUGGCACCCGAAAUGUACGAAGAAAAAGGUUAUAACGAGAAGGUCGAUAUCUAUGCGUUUGGUAUGUGUCUUCUAGAAAUGGUUACUGGCGAAUAUCCUUACGGAGAAUGUAAGAAUGCCGCACAGAUAUAUAAAAAAGUCUCUCAGGCUAUAAAACCGGAAAGCUUAAAAAAAGUACAAGAUCCUAAGAUCCUCGAUUUGAUAAAUAAUUGUCUUGCACCUGAAAAUGAAAGGUAUACUGCACAACAAAUAAUGGAUCAUCCUUUCCUUACUGUCGAGCCGGAAGUAGUGUUAAUGACAGCAGACGAGACAAAAACUCAAUUAACUUUGCAGGUCGUCUUUAAAGGCAUGGAUAAGUUAUCGGUGAAAUUCGAAUUUAACGUGGAGCGAGACACGGCAGAGGAAGUAGUGAACGAAAUGAUAGAGGAACAGGUUCUUCAAGACAAUUAUCAACAAUUAAUUACUCAUGAAAUAAAUCGUAUUUUACGGGAAAUUAAUAAACUAACAAAUGAAGCUGACCCAAAUAAAGAAGAGCAUAAAACUUCAUGGCCAAGUCAACCUGGCACGCCACCAUUCGUCGGAAUGUCCCCGCAUUUAACUCCCCAUAAAUCUUCUCAUGGUCCGUCUCCUACACCUAUUAAUUUAGAACGUGAUAGCCCUAAUGGGACUAUAGCACAUACAUCGUCAUAUCCUGCACAAUCACAGCCAGUUUUGCCGAAUGAGUCACCACGAAAGAAUUCAAUUUCUGGUUCAGGACCAGAAUGGAUACAAGAUUAUGAUGAUGCACUUCCCGUCAAAGAAUAUCCUGACGAAACUCCAAUUGAACAAUUUGUUCGCGAUACUGCUCUUGCGAUCAAUCGAGACACAGAAAAAGCAAACGAUUGGUCGAAGAAACUAAAAAAUCAAGACAUUAUGACUGUAGGCGAUUUACGUGCACUGAUGGAUGAAGAUUGGGGACAAAUUGGACUCACAGUUUUUGCUUUACGUGCUCUUAAGAAUGCCUUACAUGUAGCUAAAUCAAAAAGCUAAAUGAAAAAAGCACAAGAAACUUACAUGUAUUCUUUGUUUUCGGUUACCGACGAUUUCAUCAUCACAAAUCUCUAUCAUAUACUAUCUAUCUACUUUUAUUUCGACAUCUUACCGCUCAAAUCUCAUAACAAUCCCGUUUAUAUGUCAUCUUGGUUUCUAUACGCUCUAUCUGAUUAAAUAUAAACAUUAAUUUCGAACUCAUAAUUCAUAUCCAUAAUUGCCGAUUUGUAUGAACAGUACUAUAUAUAUUAUUUUUUUCGCCUCUAUACUUAUUACGUAUACUAGAAAAAUUUGAGUUGACGUAUUGGAUAAUUUAUUUAUAAUGUUUCUUAACGGGCGACAUACAUUUUUUUCUGUUUAGUUUCCUUUUUUUUUAAAAAAAAAA